CUGCGCCCUCGCUGUUCGCCAUCACUGUUCGUCGUCCUCACCAUCCCACCCUUCCCAGUCAACGCACCAACGGCCGGAUCGCCCGCCCCCCUCCCACGGCUCAAUCUCUCGCCCGCCAGCCCGCCAGCUCGCCAGCCCGAUCGCCCGCCAGAUCGCCAGCCCGAUCGCACGCCAGCCCGAUCGCCCGCCAGCCCGAUCGCAUGCGUGUAUCCCGUUAGCGCGCUUCCCGUCGCCGCCUCCCGGUAUCAUCUUUCCUCCGAAUCUCUCAUCCGGCUUCUGAAGAAUCGACCAUGUCCUCUUCCCGAGCCGCCCAACAUGCCUGUCGAGCCGCUUUCAGCCACGUGUCUCGGCAACUUCCCCGCCUUUCGCGGCCAUUUCCAUCUCGACCCGCGAUCGUCGCUCCUCCCGCUGCUGCAUUUUCCUCUCAUGUAGCUUCCCCGUCCGCCCAUCCUUCCGCCCAUCCUCCCGCCCACCCUUCCGCCCAUCCUUCUGCUCAUUCUCCUGCGCGUUCAUCCGCUCGAUCCGCGCAGUUUUCCCCCGUUUCUCUUGCCGUCAGUCCUCUGAUAACCGCGCGACUAGUCACCCCAUCAGCCCACGGUUCCUCCACUAACCUUUCUAGACUAAUCCACGGUGCCACAAUCAGCCGCAGUUUAAAGCCGUCUUUAACCUCCAGCACGACAACCCUCGGCAUUUCAGAUCCUCUUCUCUUCUCCAGCCGAUUAUCUCAACAUCCUACUCCCAGCCUUACUGCCUUUGCUGCCGUUUCUGCCGUUUCUGGUUGCCGAUUCUUCGGCAGCAAGAUCAAAGUGAAACCCUACUCGUCACUCAAGCGCCGAUUCAAGCUGCUGGCCAAUGGCGAGUACAAGCGAUGGCGGUCUGGCAAGAGGCACAACGCAAGCACCAAGACUAAAAAGCAGAGGAGGCAGCUGCGGCGUCCAUCAGUGGUGCCUCCUGGGCUGAAGCAGCCCAUGCGGUACCUUGGGUUCCGUAGAUAGCAUGUGGUGUGCGUGCCCUGCAUGAAACCCUGUGCAACCUGUUGCGUUGAAAGAAGCAGAGGAGUUGUAGAGCUCGCAAGAAGCAGAGGAGGCAGCUGCGGUGUCCACCAGUGGUGCCUCCUGGGUUGAAACAGCCAUGUGGUAUAUUGGUUUUAGUAGGUAACCUAUAAGAGGCUUUAGUUCCCAUUAAUCCAUGUAUGGUAAUGUAAGUUGUAACAUCCUAGAAAUCU